AUGGUGGCAAGUAUGCAAUGGGAUCCAGACAGAUUGGUUCUAAUGCGCUGGGUUCCGGGCUAUUCGGAGAACUACCAGUACAAUUGGGUGAACCUUGUGACAUGCUUCCGGCUGCACCCAUGCAAACUAGAUUUGAGUAGUCGGAAUCUACACUACUUCUUCUUCUUCUACGAGGCCGGCAGACUUACCGUCAAUGGCGCGGUGGUUCUUCGGGACGCCGGCGAGGUUGAGGUGGCUGGACUUGCAGCGUUGAGCCUCUGGCGACCACGGAUCAAACGCGCCAAUCUUGGGUCGAGAGAGACCAUGGAACGGUGGCAGAUGAAGUUCCCAUGCGCGGUGUCGCCGGAGUUGAGAUUUCGCGGGCGACGCUGCGCGAGGAGGAAGAUGAAGCCGAGGUCCGACCAACGCGCAAAGAUUUCAUUUGGGAAUGGCAUUCGCCGCUUCACCGCCGCAACGCUCCUGUUCCGCCGAAGAGGAGGUGGCGCGCAUGGCGGGGGCUUCGUCGGAGGACGCCGCGGAAAAUGCCGCGGCUCUGGUCGCUAUCGCAGCUGGAGGCGGGGUGGUGAAGGAGACCCCAGCGCCCGAGGGGCGGCCGUCGCCGGCGGGAGGCAGGAGGGCUUCCCGGCGGUCGCUACCGAGGAAACGAAGGAGGACGAGGAUGCCAAGUGGGUGGGGCAGUACUCUUCGACUCAGAGCAUCCUGCUCGUCGGCGAAGGGGACUUCUCCUUCUCCUUGGCGCUCGCCACCGGGUUCGGCUCCGGCGAAAACCUCGUCGCAACUUCCCUCGACCGCUACGAUACCCUGAAGAAAAUGUACAACCGAGCAGAAAGUAAUUUGGCAAAGCUGAAAGAGAUGGGGGCAGUAAUUUUGCAUGGAGUUGAUGCAAAAAGGAUGCAAUUUCAUAUUGAUCUCAAGAUGAGACGGUUUGAUAGGGUUGUGUUCAACUUCCCCCAUGCCGGAUUCUUGGGGAAGGAAGACGAAGACCAUGUAAUCAUGGAACACCGGGCGGUAGUGAAGGGCUUCCUCUGCUGCGCGAGCCGCCUCCUUCAUCCUGACGGGGAAGUUCAUGUCAGUCACAAGACAAAAUAUCCUUACAACGUGUGGGACAUUCCAGGCCUCGCUGCAAAGUUUGCUCUUUAUCUGUCUGAGCAAGCUGACUUCCACAUCGCUGACUACCCCGGCUAUAGCAACAAGAGAGGAGAUGGCGCGAGCUGUGACGAACCUUUCAUGCUUGGGAAUUGCAGCACGUACAAAUUCAGAAAGGGUUACCGGAAGCCGCCGAUAAGCAGGCCUCGUUUGGUGCCACGCCAUCUCAUUGGGAACGGGGGAGUCUAUCCUAACAGCUCAGCGGUUUCUAGUGGAUGUAGGCCUUCCUAUUCACCUCCAGUUGCUCCAGUGUGUCAACUUCCUAUUCCGAUUAACACAUUUGGCGUGCUGUCAGGCUCAGGGUUCUCCCAUUAUAAUGCUGUAAGGUUGGAGAACGGUAGUGUCCAUCAGAACUUCUCAGCGGCAUUUAGUGGUUGUAGGCCUUACCAUCCACCUUCACUUGCUCCGGAGUGGCCAGGGCCUUAUGCUUCAUUUAGCAUGACACCAAGAUCAGGGUUCCCCCAUUAUCACACUGCUCCUCAAAGGUGUCAACAAGGAUUUGAUCCCCAGCAGAAUAGCAACAUGGCAGGUAUCAUUCCACAGGACGAUCAACAUAGGAGAUAUCAGAGGCAGAGAAUGCUAAUAGCGAAGUAUGGUAGACAGUGAAGGGAUCGGAGGGCCCUGCUGACUCCUGAAGGCUGAAGAUACUCUGGUUUGAACUUUGAACUGCUGGUGGAGUAGGGAAAGUUUGAUGCCACGAUUUCAGUUUGCCCUUUAAUAAAACACCGCGCUUGGUGCCACUGACAUAUCGCUUCCCUGGGAGACUACCGCGCUUGAGUGGCGCUACUCUAGCAGAAUUUGGUUGUCAGCUGUGUUACUUAGCUCCUACUACUAAGAGCUAUGCUACUCACACGCUAAUCACUUGGACACACACUCAAACUUGCUCCAAUGGAAUGGAGGACACGAGUAGUUUUUGGUGCCAGCUCAAACUUGCUGCUCUUCUUACUCUCUUUAUUCACUACUUGGUGUGUUGAAAUGAUACAAUGGGGGGUCCUAUUUAUACUAGUAAGUAAGCUGAUAUUCUACUACUCCUCUAGGUGUGAACAUUUGACUACACUUACCCCCCGAGGCUGCUGCACGUUUAUCUCCUUCUCUUGCAUGUUCUGAUUGCUGCUCCUUUGUUCAUACUACUACUAGUGUUCAUCUUUACUAUUAUAUUGGAGUUGGUCGUAGGUCAUACAACGUGUUUGGUGAAUGAGAUUGGAAGCAUCUAGACCAUUUAAUUUAAUCUUAACAACUUAACACCAUCCGAUUGUUUGCCUCGUCGAGCCUAGCCCGCCUUGCAUAAAAUCAUUGCCUUCCCAAUUAACAAUGGAUCUGAAUUUAACUGGGACGUGAUCCCCGGACGUUUUCAUACGUCCAUCAAGUACUUGCCUUCUUAGCUAAACUCUUCAGAAAACGCCAUCAAUUAAUAGAGCCGGACGUUUCCAUACGUCCAUCAAGUACUUGCCUUCUUAGCUAAACUCUUCAGAAAAUGCCAUCAAUUAACAGAGCCAUCGCUGCUCACCGGGUAGACGAAAAGGAUUUCUCACGCCCGCAUGAUUCCAUCUUCUUCCCCAACUCAACUGCUUCUCUUGAUGGCGUGGGCGGCCGCCGGGUACCUGUGAUCCGUAAUUCCGUAGCCUUCCCGGAUGUCGUGGCGGUUUUCUUCUUUCAUCCUCCUCGCCGUGCCGGCGCUAGAGACGGGCGGCACCAAGUGCUCCUCCAUCGGUAUCUCGUCUCGUGGCGUUUUAUUUUCCGGGUUUGUUUGCGUUGGAUUGGUCUGUUGAUUCGUUUCUUUUGAGGCGGCAAAGCUCGGAUCUCAGCCCGCCGCUACCUAUACGUGAUCUUGUUUGUUAUCUGUGGUGUUUUGAAGGGUGAGACCAAGAGAGUAAGAGCUUGGGGUUUAUGAUUGGGAUUUCAGCUUAGUUAAAUUUUGGAUCUAGGCCGCCUGAUAUUAUGUUAUUGGCCAGAAUGUAGGAUUGUGACUAUCAUCGAUUGGGUUAGCUUUAGGAACUAGAUUUAGUGCUAUAGGCCACACUGUUAAAUUUGGAAGGAAUAGUUUUAUGCUGGAUCUGAGCAUCUUGCAAAACAGGAGUAGAAACAUCAUCCUCAAAGAUGCUAUUAGCUUUCCCUGCAUAUCAAUUUACAUCAACCUGCAAUUGUAUGCUGCUUAGGUGAACAUUGCCCAAACUAUUACCUUAGCAUUGAUAAACGAGGCACCAAGACCAAAUGUAUAAGCCAAUGAACUAUCUCAAUGCUUUUCAUGCACAUGGUUGAUCGAUCAAUUCAAGUUAAAUGUGAUUUACUCCAGUAUCGCUUGCAGCAGGCUUAUUGGGCGCUAUGCUCUAACCUGGCUAGAUUUGUAACUCAGAUUACUCAAUAAUAGUUCCCCUCUCCUACUCUCAGCAAACCCUGAACAUAUUCUAACCAAGAAAUCACUCUACUUCAUGUUCUGUGUUGAAUUUAAAGUCUGGUUUCUUUUUGCUCAGAUUUUUAUUUCCCUGUCUUCAGUGGAGAGACUUUUUUCACGUAAGCUCGAGUGUUGGUUGGUCUCCUCGGAGCUUAUUUAAACAUGUUCGCUUGUUCUAUGAUUGUAAACAUGGGUCUGUACUGCUGUUUCUGUUUUGGUCGACGAUUUGAGACGAAGUGUUGUGGACUUAUUUGCAAUAGCAUAUUUUCUACAACCUAUGUUCAAUGAAUAUAAUUCAUU